GGAGAGUUUAAAGCCUUAACUGCUGCUGCUCUAGAUUUAAAGUACUAAUUGUCGAAGAUUGAAACAGAUCAACGAAAAGAUAACUCAGUCUCAUCAUGGUCGUAUGUUUUGGCUGUCGAUGGAUGCAUAUCUUUAUUUAUCUUGUGAUUGGUGGCCUGGUUGUGACGCAGUCUAGAGAGACUCAGUCGGACAAUGGUCAAGGUAUAUUAUUUGAUUCAAGCAGCGACAGCCUUUAUUCAACUAUAUACACUCUCGAACCCUUUCAUCGUAUUUUGAGACAUCUACGUCCGGGCUACGGAGUAGAUAUGUCAUCGUUUCUGUACAGAUUUCCUGGAAAUGGCGUCAAGAGAGAAAACCUUAAAAAAUUAUCAAAUCGUGACUUUGUGAUGGGAUCUGAAUUUUUAGGUAAAAGAUCAAUUUCUAAUGAAGCCAACAAUGUAAUGGAUUCCGAAGUUGUAGACAAAAAGAUGGGUUCCGAAUUUGUAGACAAAAAGAUGGGUUCCGAAUUUCUGGGUAAGCGAAUGGGUUCCGAAUUUCUGGGUAAACGUUUGGAUGACAUAGAAGAUAAGAUUAGAAAUUACUUGUUUCCAAAACGUCAAAACAAGCGGAUAGGAUCAGAAUUCCUGGGCAAACGUUUGGACAUUUUUGAGAAUGAUACUACUGGCUUAGGCUUAACGUCCGAUCAUCAAAGCCAGCGUGGAGGACAGGAAUUAUUGGGCAAGAGAAUGGGCUCUAACUUUUUGGGCAAAAGGAUGGGAUCGGAAUUUCUUGGCAGAAGAAAGCGAGAAAUACAUCAAAAGAUGUCAAGUCCAAAAUCAACGCCAGAGGACUCUGUACCAAUAUAGGUUUUACUCCUCCGUCUCCGCUUCGAAUGAAACCAAGAUCCUCUCCAAUUUACAAAUCCAAGUGAACUUUUGUCCUACAGCUAAUCCCAAAUACUACUGAAAAAAAAAGAUCGUUUUCAACACGGCGAAGUUCCCAGAAGAGUCAAGGAAGAUAAUAUCCAGUUUUUUGUGAGGCCCCGAAAAUGGAUACUUAUUUUUCUUGAGGCUCUGAAAAAAUAACACAUAUUUUUUUAUUUACUAUUUAAAUAUUUAAAGGUGCAGGAAGCAGAAAUACUACUAAAUUUGCAAAUAAAACUCCGAGUUGUUGUUUUUUUGUUCUUUCAUUGAUUAAUACGAAAAAAAAAACAAUUAAAGUUAGUCCAUAAAUGUUAUAUAGCAAAAUUAUAACAUAAAUAAAAGUAAUCUUUUGAAUUACCAUAACAUUUUUUUGAACAAGAAAUUUCAUGGGUUAACGACAAGUCCAUACGUGUUCCAGAAAACGUCUGAAGAGCUUUGAAUUAAAUAUGAUUUUUAUUGUUUUGUUUUGGAUUUGUUAAAUCAGAUUAAGGAUCAACUUUCAGUCAAAAAUGAGGAGUGAAUUUCUUUGUGCGUAUUGAAUUUCCUUUAUAAAUGUUUGUAAUAAAUCUUCCUUUCAAGAUGUGAUUCAACAUAGUAAAAAAAGUAACACCUUUGGCACGUUUUCAGUUUGCAAGAACUGGUGUGUACGUAAAGUGCUCCAAACUGAACAAAAAAAAACUUGUUUCGCUUUAAAAAUAUGUAGAAAUAAAAGUAGUUUUCAAA